CCCCCGGCCUCGCUGCCCCGCCACCCCGCCCGGCCCGUGUGCGGAGCAGCGGGCGGCGCCGCGCAGAGGCGGAAGUGGCGACGCCGAGGCCGGGCAGCGGCGGAGGCUGAAGUCUGUUACAGGAAUUGAGCAGCGGCCUGACAGCAAAGGACAGCGGGCAGCGGGUGCUGAAGAUGGCAAACAGCUCUGCUCCUUGGAUUGGCUGCGCUUAUCUCUUCCUCCAGUCAACGUGUAAGACCAUCAUUCUGCCAUCUCUCUAUGAAAGCUCCCAGAAGAGACCUAGUGUGUUCAAGGCACUGAAGCUGGCAUUAGCAGACUCCACCGGCAGCAUGAAUGGUGUGGACAUGCUCAAAGUGCACUGCAGCCACCCGCACCUGAUAGUCCAGCUCAAGUUCUGCAAGCAGGAGAACUGCCGCCGGUUCCUGCAGAGCUACCGGGAAGGAGUGCUCCAGGAGUCCCUCCAGAACCACCUCCAGCUCUCCUUGGCCAUGAGCGCAGUGCCUCUUGAAAUGGAGCUGAAGGCUGGCAGCGAGCACCUCGACAGCAUGCUGAAGGAUGAGGAUCGCUGCCUGGAAUGCAUCUACAGAGAAAAGCCAGACCGCCUGCGGGAUGAGGAGAUCACAAAGCUUGAGGAAUGCCUCAAGAGACUGAUUGUUCACCAGAGCAUCAACAAUACGACCGCUUUAAAAGACUGUGCAUCUCUCAACUCCCCAUCUCUACCUGGCCCUUCUCAAGGCAACUCCCUUUCCCCACAAGUCACCUUCACCUUUCAGGGACAAGAGUUCGCCAACAGAACGCUCACACCAGACGACCACCAGAAGUUUGCCAAGCUUGUGUCCAAGAAAUGGAAGCAAGUGGGUCGCUCUUUGCAGAAGAACUGCCGGGCCCUGCGUGAUCCUGUCAUUGAUAACCUGGCCCUCGAGUACGACCGAGAGGGACUGUAUGAACAAGCCUACCAGCUGCUGCUCAGGUUUAGGCAGUCAGAGGGGAAGGCGGCCACAAUAGCACGGCUCAUUGCAGCUCUGGAAGAAAAUGGUCUCAUCAGCUUGGCUGAGGAGCUCCUGGGCCUCCAUUCCAAUGAGGACUGCUCCUAGAGCCCAAAGGGUAGUGGCAUUGCUAAGGGCUUUCUUGCUUCAGCUAGUGUAUAAGACUGCUGCUAGUGUCUGGGAAUGUAAAGUCCUGAAAAUCACUGCAGGUUUCCAUGCAGGUGGGGAUACCCAGGGGAGAGGUCCUGUGCUCGCAGAAGCCAGCAUGGAUCUCUGACAUUCCUUAUUUCAUUCUGUUUCCAGAAGUCAGCAUUACUUUCUCAUGAACUGGUGACUUCCUUCAGAGCUGAAACAUCACGGGGAAGCAGUCAGACAGGUAGAGAGCCUAGGGGAUAGUGGUGGAGAGGGGAAAGCGGGGAAGGCAUCUCAGAGAAUUUCUCUGGGAAGCAGACAGUGCCACUGUUUGUCAGGCUGUGUCUCAGGGCCACCACCUGGAGAGCUGCAAUAUAUUUUUAAUACUGAAGACAUUUAUGCCCUCAGAUGUGACAUCAAGCAAAGGCAAAGGAGAAAUUAAGGAAAAGUCAAUUUUAUAUUGUUUUCCUUCUUUGUUCUUCAAACAAGCAACAUCUGUAGCAAGUGCAUUUGUCCUGCCCUGCUCUAGUACAGCUCCUUCCCACCUCUCACCACCUGAAAGUGUUCUUUUUACCUGGGACAGUCAGAAUCUUCCACAGGGCACAAGAUUGCUGCUGUGGAACAAGUUUCAGGAACUGAACAAGCAAUAUGGACAAACACAAAUUCAGAGAAUGAUUCCCAACUUUUUCUGGACUGUGGUAAACAAUAACAUACUGACUAGCUUGUGCUUAGCUCUUUCCCACCAACCAGAGGGAGCCUGCAUCUGUGAAAAGCAAAACACAGUGCUGGAAGGAAAGCAGUCUCCUAGUGAGCAAGUGACUGUGGUGUGUAGAGUGGAACUGCUGCUCUAAGGUGUGUUGCAGCACCAAAUACCCUCCUGGUGCCAGCUCACAAAGCUGAGCAAUCACCUCUGACCACAUGGCUGCUGGUCCCUUCCCUCACUUCUUAACCAACUGCCCUUGGCCUCCGGAGGUCACCAGAGAGGAUAGUUCACGCCAUUGUGUGUCCGAAGUGUCAGGGUCUGCUCAGAGCCUUUCCCUUGCAGUGUUGUCACUGUGUGACAGUUGGGCAUCAGCUGCUGUGCCUGGAUUUACCUGAUUUUGAGGGUAAAAGUGGCUUAAAAGACAAAGCACCCAAACACCAGGGCUGACUCAGGCUUUCAGUUCCAGUGGGAGAAGCCAACUGUCUCCUGGCAUGGUUGGGGGCCUACAAGAAAGCUGGGCAGGGACUUUUGGCAAGGGCAUGCAGUGACAGGACAAGGGGAAAUGGCUUUAAACUGACAGAGGGGAGAUUUUGAUUAGACAUUAGGCAGA